CCGCGGACUCUUCUGUGAAGUGCGCAAGAGGCCGCGCCUGCGCAGUGCCGUAACAGCAGCAGCAGAGUGCGUGAGAUGUUACUAACCGCUGGUUUAAACAGCUAAUAGACAAAUCGGUCGUUAAAAAGUUUAUUAAACCUACGCGAAAACGAAGCAAGAUUAAAUGCGGUCGUCGAGCGGCAGAGAACCAUAAAUGUAAUCUCCCUCCUUCAGCAGGCUCCUUUCUGAUGCUAAUAAAGUCCAACUGGCACAGGCAUCAAAUACAAACAUGUCUGAUCUCAGAAGUCGCAAAGAAUUCUACAAAUAUCUCACUGUGGAGCUGGUGAUUAUGGCGGGCACGGUCAUGCUGGCGUAUUACUUUGAGUACACGGACACGUUCAACGUGCACGUGCAGGGAUUCUUCUGCUACGAGACCGCUUACACGAAACCCUACCUCGGACCCGAGGACAGGAGCGCGGUCCCGCCCGCCCUGCUGUACGCGCUGGUCACUGGAGUGCCCAUAUUAGUGAUCAGCUUGACUGAAACAGUGCUGUUCCUGAUACAGUACACGUCGAAAGACCUCGACAGUCGGGAGAAGACCAUGGUGACGGGAGAUUGCUGCUACCUAAACCCUUUAGUGAGGAGUACUUUCCGUUUCCUCGGUGUGUACCUGUUUGGCCUCUUCACCACAGACAUCUUUGUAAAUGCCGGUCAGGUGGUUACGGGGAACCUGGCGCCUUAUUUCCUUACGGUGUGUAAACCAAACUUCACCGCCCUGGGCUGCCAGCAGGCGCUGCGCUACAUCAGCCAUCAGGAGGCCUGCACGGGAAACCAGGACGAUAUACUGCGCGCUCGCAAGACUUUCCCUUCAAAAGAGGCAGCGCUCAGCGUGUACGCCGCAGUCUAUCUGGCUAUGUACAUCACAUUUACAGUGAAAGCCAAAGGAACUCGUCUGGCUAAACCGGUCACGUGUCUGGGUCUGGUGUGCCUAGCCUUUCUCACCGGUAUUAACAGGGUGGCAGAAUACCGCAACCACUGGUCUGACGUCAUUGCUGGAUUCAUCAUCGGUGUGGCCAUAGCCACCUUUCUUGUGGUUUGUGUGGUCCAUAACUUCAAAGGCAAACAGCUGCUAAAUGAAGACCCUCCACAGGACCCUCUAAGCAACAAUCCCAAUUUCAGUUCGCCCAGACUCGACAGUCCCCUAGAAAAGUACAUCGCCUCACAGGUGUCAGAAUUGAGAAUAGAAGAUGAGGAGACUCACACUCUGAAAGAGCGUCUCCUGAGUUUCUUUAGCUGGAUCGCCGGCAAAAACAGCCGCUUCAGACACCUGCAGAGCACAAGGCAAUAAACAAUCACAUCGCCUUCGCUGAGAUCACGUGACCUUGAGUCGCCGGUGUGGCAGACACACUGGACAUCCACGCUGUUUACCGUCCAAUCCCGAUGAUCCGACUCAACGCCACCGCAGUGGUCAAGUGCUCUCUAUAGUGUCGUUUUGACUUGCUCCGCCCUCGCUUUGUGUGUGUGGAAAUGUUGGUCCUGUUAACUAAUAACGUACUGUACUGCACUUUUCCAUGACUGGUUCUGCUCGCUUUAAGCGGACCGAUCUCAUGAACAGCACUUAAAAUAACUGCUUACGUAUGUCUGGAGAGCACUUUUGUGUGUGUAUAUAUCCAUGUUCAAAAUCAAAA